CUCCUACACACACACAGACACACACAAACAUUCUCUCUCUCUCUUUCACGCCCCACAAGACCUGCUGCACAACUAAAAAGUUGGUCAAACUCUGUCAAUAAUCGGAGGUAAUUGCGCACCGUGGCUGAAUGUGUCUCACUGUCGCUUCUGCUUUCAGAACUGGAAUCUUUUUUAACUUUGUCCUGGAAACCAGAGCUGGAGCAUGGUGAGCCGACAGAUCCUGGCCUUCGUGCUGGCCCUCAUCGGCUUCCUGGGCACCAUCCUGAUCUGUGCGCUGCCCAUGUGGAAGGUGACGGCUUUCAUCGGGGCCAACAUCGUGACCGCCCAGGUGUUCUGGGAGGGCCUGUGGAUGAACUGUGUGCUGCAGAGCACCAGACACCUGCAGUGCAAAGCCUACGACUCUCUCCUCGCUCUUCCCCAGGACCUGCAGGCAUCACGGGCCCUGGUGUGUGUCUCCAUCGCCGUUGGCGUGGCGGCCAUUUGCCUGAGCGUGCUCGGGGCCCGGUGCACAAACUUCUACAGAGACGAGAGGACCACCAAGGCUCUGAUAGGCCUCUCCGCGGGGAUAGUGUUCAUGGCGGCUGGGGUGCUGUGCCUCGUGCCCGUGAGCUGGUCAGCUCACGUCAUCAUCACAGGUUUCUAUAACCCCCUGGCCACGGAGGGGAGGCGGGGGGAGCUGGGGGCCGCCAUCUACGUGGGCUGGGUGUCUGGGUUCCUCCUCUUCCUGGGGGGAGGGAUGCUCUGCAGCACCUACUCGCAGAGAUGCUGCUGAGAACUAACUCACCACUGAGACCAAACAACGAACUGGACCUCCAGUUAGAAUGGCUGGAACAUAUUCACGAGGCCAAACUUUUGUGGGUUUUUUUCAGAUGUCUCAAUGUCAGCAGUUAUCUUAGCCAUUAUAGAGAUGCCAACCUGUGAUGCCAACCUGUGAUGCCAGUGCCAUUACAUUUACCGUAGACUGUGGAUGUAAUAAGAGACAUGGGAGUGGAGAACCAGCCUAUU